AUGGCCAUAGAAUACCAAGAAUCAAAGAAAUGUGUGAAAGCAUGGGUCAUGGCUGUAAUGAUCGCCAACUUAAUUACUAAUAGUAAUACUGUAAUAGCAGUUGGCAAAAUAUUUGUUUUGGAAUAUUUUAUUCUGUUUCGUACAGUGUUCAUCAACAUACCUCAUCGAUGGAAAUCUGCAAAUGUAGCCCCAAUCUAUAAGAAAGGUGAUGGGGGAAUCCAAUUACAUCCAUGGGGCGUUGGCAAUGACGCGAUAGCUCAGUUGGUUAAAGAACUGAUUAUCACUCCAGAGGUCCCGGCUAUUAACAAUUCAUUUUGUACAGGUGCUCUUCCACCAGGAGAUUUAUUUGCACUUGGUAGUAAACCCACAAAACCAAGCGAAUCAAGCUUUCAGAAAAGUUCAUCAUCUGGAAAUUUAGUUGCGGAGAAGAAGUUGUCUGGUCUGGGAGACAGGAAGAGGGAGUCAGCAAGUUUACUAGCUCCAGUUGGUGUGGCAAAAAAGCCAAAGAUACUUGGUCAAACCUUUACUCCUUUGGGUCGGCCUGCUGAGAGAGAAACAGAAAAACGUUUAUCACCAGUACCACCUCUUAGCCUGGCCUUUGAAGAAUCAGCCAUAGAAGUGCGGGGGUUAAUGGCAUUCUGUACUUUGCUGAAGAGGGACCUGUCAUUGAAUUUUAAGUCUAAAGGAAACAGUUUGGUGUCUGUGUUGGCCUGUAAUGUUCUCAUGAAAGCUUACAGUGACGAAGAUAACUGGCCUGAUGAUUUUGUGAAGGUAUAUAUAGAUGAUGCACUAGGUGAGAGAGUGUGGGUAGACAGGGCUGAUUGUAAGGGAUUUGUUGACAAUAUCAUAACAGCAUUCAAUACAAAUGCACCAACAGGAGGUAUAAGCUCUCUUGAAGUAAAGACAGAGCCCGGCUCAGCAAGUCCAGUGGUGAGUAUAGGAGAAGAUGAGGAAAUAAAGAUGGAGGUGGACUCUGAUAAAUCUUCAAGUUCUACACCAGAACUACAGAAUGUCACUGUAUAUCCUCGAUAUCCAUACCAGGUAGACAAUAUAGAGACGUUAGUGUUGGAGAUUAUACAUGAUCAGUUAGUGAAGAGGCAGUUGAUGGAUGCAUCAUCUAAAAGUCUUAUUAAACUAAUGACGGCCACCUGCGGGUACGGUGAAGUACGUCAGAUCGCUGGACAGAAAUUGGAACUGUGGCUUCAAAAUCCUAAACUUGCAAGAGCCUCACAGGAGCUGCUAAUGUCUGUCUGUAUGAACUGUGUUCAACAUGAUGCUGGGGACAUGGAGGUUAUAGCCAUGUUGAUUAAGAUGAGAAUGAAAACUAAACCACUCAUAAACCACUACUUGAAUUGUAUCAGAGAGUUGUUAGGUCAGCAUACAGACAACAUGAGAAUGGUUCUCACUCAUACAAUCUACAACGAGCUGUCUACCACAAGAAACCCUAACAAUAUGGCCUUAAUUGGUGUUGUUUUCACUACAAACCCAGAAAAUGCUGCCAAGAUUUUAGCGGAGAUAUUCCAGGACUUGUUAACAAACAAGGAUGAUUAUUUACGAGCACUAAGGGCACUGUUCCGUGAGAUUGUACGUUCACUGAGAUACGAGAUAAACUUUUCAUCAUUCUGCCUGGCUUUGAUGCAGGAACGAACUGAAUCCAAGUUCACAGACAUGGAACCAGCUUUCAAGGAGAGAUAUAUCCUGGCAGUGACAGACUUGGUCUGUAUGUGUGUUCUUCAAGCUAUCACACCGGCUGUAAGAGAGGCCGUUACUGCUCUUAACAGAGGAGAUAAAAAAGAUGUGGAAGUUAUCUACAGUUAUCAGAGCCUUGUUGCGGUCAUACAGAGGGAUGCUAUAUGGUGGCUACAUACAGUUGUUCCUAAAUUCUUUGAACCUAAACAGCAAGAAUAUGUGUUCUGUAUGAGAAAGAUGUUAUUUAUGGAAAGUGGUGAUCAAUAUUCCAAAGAUAACUGGCCAGCAGAGGCAGACAGAAGGUACACACCACCACAGCUGGCAAUAUCUAACCUGUACUGGAAAGCCUGGACUAUCCUUUUAAUCAUAUCUGCAUAUAAUCCAACAUAUUUUGGUAAGUUUUACCUCGUUACCAGUUUACAUAGGGAGAAUUACCCCAAAUUUAAAAGUUAUAAAGAGAGGGUGGCACAAAAAGAGAAGCAAGAAAUUUUAGAGUUUGAAGGUUAUCUGGCGGCCUCUACAACUAAAGUUACAAUAACUGAAGCCAAUAGUCUUCUUAUAGCACAGCUUACUUCAAUGGAUCCUACUGGACCGGCACGAAAACCUCCCCAGCAGAUAAUGGACCAGUUAAGAAGUAUAAAUGACUCUCUGAAGAUUGGACAGAUGUUAUGUAGAAGUCGAAACCCAGAUUUUCUCCUAGAUAUCAUUCAAAGACAAGGCACCAGUCAGUCUAUGCCAUGGCUUGCUGAGCUAGUAGAGUCAUCAGAAGGGUCUCUGGAUGUUUUACCUGUGCAAUGUUUGUGCGAGUUUCUCCUGCAUGAGACUCAAGAUGUUGUUAAAGAUGGUCAAGAUGAUGAAUCGGUCAAGUUUGAGAAACACAAGAGAAAACAGAAAAUGAAGAAGCAGCAGCAGUUACUGUCACGUCUGCAGACACUUGUACAUGAUACAAACGCAGACAGCAGUACAACACAUGAGGUCAUAGAUUAUUUCCUGAAGAGACUCGCGUCCACUCAAGCUGCUAACAGGGCACUUGCUACAAAGGGAAUGUCUAUGAUCAUCUCAAGGUCACAGUUGAGUCCCACAGAGGAAGGUCCUGUUGCCAUGGAGAUUGAUGAACAUCAUCAACAUAACUGGUUACUGGUCAACUUUCCCGCUCUACCCAUGUUCCCUCAAGUGAAAGCUAAAACAUGUGCUGCUCUUAGACAGGUGAGAUGUGAAGACUUAUACAAGGAGCUUUUGGAAACCUGGUUUCCAGAGAAAGGCAAACCCCCCUCAGCAUACGUACUGGACAAGUCUGAGGAAGCCCUGCUGCUCCCAGAUUGCUUAAAGUUUAGAAUGAUUCGGUCUAAUGUUGAACCCCUUAUAGAUGCAGCUCUCCAAGAUUUGCAGCCUAGUCAGUUACUGUUGUUUGUACAAACAUUUGGUAUUCCUGUACACAGUAUGAGUAAACUGUUACUAUGUCUUGACCAUGCGGCUACUGUAGACAGUGUCAGCUUGGAACAGUCCGUACAAGUGCUAGACAAGACCUACAUGGCACAGCUGGUAGAAGUGCAGCAUAAACGAGGAGCUACAGGUGGUGACAAGUUCUACAGUAUGCUGACUGAUGGGAAAAAACUGGAAAUUAAUGAUGAUGAUGAACAAAUGAAGACACAGUCAGCAGACGACAGUAUGUGGAAAAGUCAAGGUCAUACUGAUGUUGUCAUGGAAACCAUUCCAGCCUCUCAUGUUGUCAACAUGCUUCUGCAGGCAUUUGAUCCAUCUGGCAGAAGAAGUCCUGACACAGAAACUCAUUUUAGAUCUCUUAUAAUGUCUGUGAACAAAAGGUCGUCUGGAGCUCUUGAUGUUAUAAAAGGCUUUAACGAGAUCCUACUAGGGUCAACAAGUGCAGAUUUUGCAAAGUCAGUUAUACACUCAACCAAGGCUUGCUCUUUGCUGAGAAUCAUCAUGGCAAAACAGAAUGAAGCUGGUGUAAAGAACUGCCUGCAUCAAACAAUGGAGAGACUGAGUCAGUAUUGUAUAGGUCAAAGUUCACCAAUGGCCGCCAUGGUUCAUCAGUACAUGCUGUCACAGGCCAAUAAAAAAUCUCACAGAUCUCAACUUAGGACGGAAAACCAGGAGAUAUUCUUCGAAGACUUGAAGAAGGUAGCUGAAUCAGCUGGCAGUAAGCUGGAAUCAUUGGUUAGAGAUAGUAUGAGAACGGCAAUGAAAGCUGACUGUACCAGCUCCGCAACUCAGCUGGCCUGUAGUGUACUCCUGAAAAACCAGACACAGUCUGAUAGUGACACCAUGUUACCAUCUACAUGUGCUUUGUUUGUUGACUGGUUAGAAUUACUUGACCCUGAGAUCAUUAGAAUGGUUCCAGAAUUACAAAGAAAAAAGCUUGCUAUUGGUUUUUACAGAUAUGAUCCUGUGUCAGUGUUAGAUUUUCUGUGGGCGUGUAUACAUGUACCUAAGAUCUGGCAGGGCAGGGAGAGAAAACUACAUAAGAACCAGAGCUCAGAGGAUGUGUUAUGUUUGACUGGGUCUCAGUUAGUUGUUCUUGUAAGCUACAUCAUCCAAGAAGCAACCAGUCAUUCAUGUGACUCUAAAUCAACCAAUCAGAUCCCUGCUACUAUCAGGAACAGGGUAGAAUUAUUGAAGGCAUGUGUGUGUGAUGACCAGGAUAAAGUGAAACAUUUGGUUGUCCAUAUAGAGAAAAUGCUCAAACUAAAAAGUGGAGAAGUUCAUCUUUACGAGGCAUUUCUGCUAGAGUUAUACCUACAGUAUCCAUACUUGUCUGCCUGGUUGACUGAUUCUAAAUGUGUAACUUCCGAGGCAUUAGCCUCUCACAACUCACAGACUCAGAUGGAUCUAAUAAGUCAUAGACUGAUAACAGGUUUAUAUCAGGGUAAUAGAAGUAAGAGAAAUGAUGAUAGAAUGUGUGAUGUAAAUAUAGCUUGUCGUAAACUAGCUGCUGAACAUCCAGUACUUGUGCUGAGGCAGUUACCAGCUAUAGUUGCCUUAUUAAAAGGGAAGACACAGUUUACAUUUUAUGAAUUCAAGCAGAGAAAUCUACAUACGUUAUAUAUUCACAUACUAGGAAUCCUUGAGCUGUUACAGCCCAGUAUAUUCUAUAAGGAACAUUCUACAUUAAACAGUAUAUUAGAGGAAUACUUCAGUCUACUUACGGCAUACAGUAUUAAUGCGAACAAGUUGAUGGCUCCACUGAUUGUAAAGCUGGUGAAAAUGUUGAAUGAUUAUGUAAAUCAUGAUAGUCAGAGGGCAAGUAGGCUGUUACAAAAACAUGUCCUUCUACUUACGAAUGUUUCUUCACAGUUCCCUGAAUUAUCUCCCUUGAAGUCACUGCUUGCAGGGCUAACACUGCCACGACACAGUCAAGAGGAGAUAGAGGGUCAGCCUGUGGAGGCCGGGUCAGUUGUCUACCCUGCCAGAUCGUCCUCACCCUGGGCAGCUUCUCAUCUCACCCCCUUCAUGCAGAAAAUAAAAAAAGAUAACUCUGAUGAAGUUUUAAUGGUGCUACAAGAUCUAGAUGAAACAUCGAAGAGAAAAGGAGAAAUUCUAGAGCAUUUUGUGGAUGAUUUAAAGAGAUUGAUGUUAUUCCCUAAUGACCAGUGUAGGAACACAGCCUUUGAACUUGCUAAGAGACAUAUCAAACAAAAUCCAAAACAAGCUGUAGAGUUUGUACCAGCAUUUCUUCAUUGUUUAGAAAGUGAGGAUCCAGAUAUAAUCACCUCCGCUCUCACAAAUCUGGCGGAAUUUACACUACUGUGUCAAGAUUAUGCUGAUGUGAUCCUACAGAGGGCGCUAUCUGCAGGUAUUAACACCUCUAUUGAAACAAGUUCCUACAUCAGCGAAAGUUUACAGCUACUUAACCUUGACCUUGCCUCUACAUGACCUUCUGAUGACCUUAGAAAUUUACAUUGACACUUGUUAAGGAUGAUAUGGAUACAGAUGGUUAACCAACCUUCAAGAUAUCAAGAUACUGAUAGAAAAGUCAAUUUUACUUUCAUUUUGUAGAGAUAAAUGUUUAAUUGGCUGUUUUGAACUGGAAAACUUUUGUGGAUGAUAGAUCC